AGGUCCUCCACACAAAAAUUCGCCCUUGAUAGCAAGUGAACCAAUUCAUUUCGAAAAUAGAUCAAAGUUACCCAUUUCAAUUUGUUGAUAGAAAACCCAAAACCAGAACGAUGGUUUGUCUACUCCAAAAUAGAUCUCUAUCGAGCUGCUCGACAACAAGUAUCGCGCUCUAAGUAGGCACAUCCACUUUAGUAUUUUCGCCAUGUAUUUGAUAUAGCUCUUUGACGUAAAAUAUCCGCAUCGGCAUCCCUCCGUCUCCCCACACCUCCGACCCGGGGACCACUCGCUUUCGAGCGACGAAAUCGAGCGCUGACCACUGUCAACUUUUUUUAACGUCGCCGAGGUGUGGUCAACGACCUGAAUGUUGUUGACGGACAAAAGUUCCUCAGAACAUCAACACAAGGUGGACCAGAACAUCAAGGAGCAGCACAGGUCGCGACGGGCAGACUCGAUCGGAUCUUCGGGCAGCCUUAGCAGUAGCAAGAAAGCGGCGCGACGGAGCUCGCUAGGGGGACCCGUUGGUGUGGAUGAGUACAUCCGAUGCACGAUGCGGGAGGAGAUAAAGGAAGAGGUCGAGGACCAGAUGGACGAAAAGAUGGAGAGUCUCAUGUCCAGCUUCACAGCUGCCAUGAACCAAAAUAACGCCGUGGGUCGUGCGGCUUCAAGUAUAACUGGCGUAGUUGCGGCUCCUGACAACUCGGGCUCUGUUGAUCAGUUUCAACAACAUGCAAGAGGACUCGCGCUGAACAACGCAAGUAGGACCACCGCUCGUGUGCAACAACAGCUUCAUCACAAUAACUUUGUCACGCUCGAACGGUUCGAAACCGUGACGCAGGAAAUGGAAACGAAGCUGGAAAACCUGGAAAACAAACUGAUGAAGCGCACGGAGAGCGAGUUGCGCACCUUCCGGAAUGAUGCGCAGAAGCAGAAGCAGGAGAUCUUGGAGGUGAUUCGUUCGGAGCUGGUGCCGAAGCAAAAGCGCGACUUUCUCGACCAGGCUCGCAGCGAAAUGAACGAGCAGAAGAACCAAAUUCUGGAUCUAGUGCGCGAAGAGCUGCAGGACCAGAAGAAGCAGCAGAGCAACGCUUUCCGCGAGGAGAGCGCGCACCAGCGAUUGAACAUUGCUGCGAUUCGAAAUGAGAUGGCCGAUUUGAAAGCAGACCUGGCUGGGAUAAAGUCCGUUUUGUCGAAGGAAGUGGCGACCAUUUUCCAACUGAUCAGGAAGGAUCACGAGAACAAGCGGACAAGAGCCGAAGAGCAAGCAGCAAUUUUGUCUCAGGAAAAAGGCUACGUCACCCGCGACCAGCUCAGUGAUUUUUUGCGCGAGAUGACGGACCGCUGGGCCACGUCGAGCAGCAGUGAUGGCGAGCAAGAAGGGAACAAAGACUCUACUGGCCGAACCUCUAGUACCUCCUCCAAGCGGCGCAGGAAAGAGGAGGAGAGUCAUGUUUUUGCAGCCGGCGAAGUAGGGGACCAAAUAAGAGGAGUGCGUGAGGAACAUAACUUCUUGCGGCAGGACGAACGCGGGGCAACCACUUCUCUUUCCAAGCCACGUGCAGGACAACAGUCCCAGCCACCUCCCUCAUCAUCGACAGGCGCAGCUCGUGCACAAUUCCAAACCCAGCCUGAAGAUCAUCUCCCAAAAGACCCGCCUGCCUUGGGUGCGCAAGAGGUGGCGGCACAGAAACCACAUGCUGAUAAUCUCGAAGUACGCGCUGAUCAUGCUGACAGAGCAGCAGCAGACCAGCCGAAUGACAUACAGGACCAGCAGCAAGAGACGGACGUUCUGCCUACCGGGUUCGAGGAGGAAGGACUUUCUGCGGAAGAUAUUUUCGACGCGGACAUCGUCUCCGCGGAAGAUGAUCGCAUCGACGAGGCUAUCUUCGAUGAUAUUGACAUACCACCUUUCGAAGAUGCAGUUGACAAGUUACCAGCUGGAGCGGAGCAGCAGGAUGAACAAGGAGAGGCCAAAAAUCUUCCUGGCGCGGUAGUUGAAGAAAAGCGGUCACGAUCUGGAUCAGCCAGAAGGACCAGCGGGGAGAAUUUUAGGCCGAAUGCGGCUGACGUUCCAAUUCCUGCUGUGAACAAUCUGGCAAAUAAGGCUCAGGCAGAAGAGGUGUUGCAAACGAGUCAGCAGAAAAAAUCUACUGCACCAGCAGAAGCCGGGGGUGUUCUGGAUAAGAAAGCGCAGUCGCGGCCCGCAUCAUCCGCCGCGUCACAUCAACGUGGGGCGGGACGGGCAAACGUGUUGAGUUUCUACAGUCGGUACGAAGGCGCCGACUGGUCGCGACAGGACGAUGUAGAUGGCCCGCCCGGAUAUCAGAAUGAUCCUGAAGGAGCACAAGCACGGGCUGCGGGGGUGGGUGUUGGCUCAUCAUCCUCUCGUCCAAAAGCGAAUAGUAAUCAGCAGGCGCCACUCGUAGAGAAGCGCACCCGGACACCGUCUCCGAAACGCGGUGCGAAACGGACCUCCCAUGCUACUCCGGAGAAGAAGGCACCGGGUAGCGCUUCCAAAGUUAUUCCCGGGAAGGCUCUUGAAAAAAAGGACGGGAAAGCCGUUCUGAUCGGCAGCUCGGGCCGGGAGCACAGGCUGGACAUGUUUGCGGCACCGCCAGAGAAAAGACCCGGCAAGACCGACAUCACCGUGAUGCUCUCCGGGCCCAUCAAACAGGAUCCCUUUUCAAAGCCCUUACACGCAACUUUGUUCGGACAGCAUCCCCACGAAGCUGCGCCGCCCCAGAGUAAAAAUGGAAGUAGCAACAAGGCGAGGUCAACUUCGCCGAGCAGCAAGGACAAGGUGCGAGGAGGCAGAAGUCCUAGAGGAAAUGACACGUCUGCGAACCACCAGGAGAAAAAUGCGCUGCCUGUUACACCUGAACGAAAGUUCCCCCUCCCGUCUAACCUCCCAUCCUCGAAUUUCCUCUCGGGGGUAUCCCCGAGGUUGGCGGGGAGGAAGAGCGAUUCCUCGCUGGAGGGCGCAUUAGCCGAUUUAGACCAACUUGCGGAUGCAGGCACCACGCCCGGGGCUAGUAGCAAGCAGAGUUCGCCGCCCGCGACCGCGCGCACCCCGGCAGGUGUGCCGCUCCUUGACCCAAUCAGCAGGACACCGAAAAGUAUUCCAACAGAUCAUGUGGCUUCAUCUCCCAAGGUGGCGCAACCGCGGGCGAAGUCGUUCUCCUUUGUGCGCAGCGCCAGUGCGCGUCGCGCUCCGAAAUUAAUGGAGGGUCUCAACGUGCCGACCUUCGGUACAGCACACCAGAACGGCGUCCCUGUGAUGGUGCUGCAAGGCGAGAACGGGCAGAAGAGCGUGAGUGGCCGCGUUGAUGGCGACGCAGGGCGAGAGGCAAGAGAAACCACCACUAAGGGGCAGUCUAAGAUGAGGAAUAGAAGUGAUGCAGUCGAAGAUCACGAACCACAGCGAGGCCGGUCGAAGGAGCCGCGACGAGAGGAGCAACCUACGACUUCACGAUCGUGCUCUCCCCCACCCGGCCGAGCCGGCGCAGUGGCUUCCUCGCCCAAGGUAAAAGCUGUGCCCCGAGCAAGGCCAGCGAGCGCGAGCUCGGCUUCCGCCGCGCCCGCUACAACUGAACAGAGCAACAAUAAAGCGGCUACGACUUCUACUGCAGUUGUAUCUCAGCAGAAUGAUGCGGAAAUGCGCAGGAAGAAGCAGGAGAAGGAGCGUAUGCUCGCAGCGAUGCGCGCCCUCGAACAGCAGGAAGAGGAGCCGGACCAUGCGGAUCAUUCGCUGGACGAUGCAGACCAGCAUGUUGACGCCCGCCUUGAUGACGCGGACAUGCAGGUGGAUGACGACGACGACUUCGGCGCAUGGCUGAUGCAGGACAAGAAGCCGCCUGCCGCGAAGCAGGGAAGAAAACAAAGCAGCAAUCCUGCGCCGAAACGCAAGCAGAAUGCAAAAGCCAAAGCGUCGCCGAUGAAAAACAACGUCAAGAAGGACGAGAAAGGAUCUGCGGGCGGUAAUAGUAAGCCCGGGGGUGCUGGAACAAGAAGGUGA